AUGCACACCGCAAAGCCUAGGAUGGUGGUUCCUUAUGGCCUCAAGACUCUGCUUGAGGGAGUGAGCAGAGCAGUUCUGAAGGCCAGCCCAUCCAACAUCACUGAGUUUGCUGCUGUCUAUUUCAGAGAGCUGAUAAUUUUUCGAGAAGAACACCCUAAUUUGGAUAUUAAAGACCUCGUGAGAGAAUUUCAUGCCACUAGAGUGGAAGGAUGGGCUGAAAGAACAUCUGCAGCUACUCCAGUGACCCGUUCCAAAAGGGCUGAUGUUGGAGAUGCAUUUCGUUCAGACUUGGACACGACACCAAUGUCUGAUGAACCCAAACGGAAGGAGAAAUCGACUGACACCGAAGAGGACCAGAUAAAUGAAGAACCUCAGCGUGAACUGAGCACCAAGACUACCCAAUUCCCUUCGACUGUGGAUGAAUUUGUAGAAAAGGCUGGGGAUGAAAAGGGAGCAGGACUUGCCUAUGUCCCUGCUGAUCCAGCCCAGCUAGCAGCACAGAUGCUAGGUAACAUUGAAACUUUUGCUUCUGAACCUGACUUGAAGGAUGUGGCAAUUUCUGUGCAGACCCUUCCUACGGUGUCCCACAGUGCAGAGAACAUUGUAGCUCCUGCAUCACUGGCAGAACCUGCACCAGCAGCACCUUCACCUGCACCUGCCCCUGAAUCUGAACCUGAAUCCACUCCUGAACCCAUUUCCGAACCCACUUCUGAACCCAUUUUUGAACCCACUCCUGAACCCACUCCUGAACCCACUCCUGAACCUGAAUUUGCCCAAGCAGAAGCACCUGCUGAAGAGGAAACACCUAUCCCAGCACAUGUAGAAGCAGAACCUGCUCCUGCCGAAGCAGAACUUGCCCCAGCCGAAGGGGUUACCACAGGUUCAGCACAUUCUCUGAGGGUUGGGUCAGCCACUCAGAGUCAGACCUCCGUUCAUGGGGAAGUAGUUCCCUCAGGCAGUCAGGCUGAGCAACCACCUGCUGACGCAGUAGAGCCCGAUACCUCAGACCCCUUGCAGGAAGAACAGCCACCCCCGCCAGCACCACCACCUCCUCCCGAUAAAGACCUAAUGCAGGCUGAGCCUUGUCCAGAUGAAAUUGAGCUCACAUCAGACUUACAUAUCACACCCAUGUGUGAGGAUGACCCUGAGGCUGGUGGAGAGCCCCCACCACCACCCUAUGUAGAGCAGUUUCCACAGCAAAUAGUCAUUCCCUUCGUAGACACAGUAGCAUGUCUCUUAGAUCCUCUAACGGCUUCACUAAAUGCAGGCCAGUUGACUAGUAUUCUAGAUCCAUCUGCAGAUGAUGCAGAAUGUGACCCUGACAGGAUGGAUACUCCAGAGCAACUGAGAUCAACUGACCCAGGUUUUAUUAUGUCAGUUGCCAUACCACUGGAAGAUGUGAUGACUGGGAAGAAGGGUUCAGGCGCUGGGGAUAAAGCACCUUUUGCAGGCAGUUAUGGCAUAGCAGGAGAGAUCACAUUUACUACUGCCUCAGUACGCAGGACAGAAUAGAGUAAAGAUUGAGAAGAGGUGCUGAUGUUCAACAUUUCACCCCAGAAUGGAAACCUGCAUCUUUAAUUAAAAUAUUGAUUAACUAAUACAAGCAAUAAAGAAAUGCAAGCAAUCUGAA